AUGGCCAUCGGUGAAGGUGAGGUUGCGCAAAGUGUCUGGGGGAUCGUCAUGCUGGCCAUUGCUGAACCGCAGAGCAAAAAAGAGCAGCAAAGCCUAGUAAUGAGUAACCCGAGAGACACGACUGGAUUCUGGCCCAGAGUUCGCAGCUGUGACGGGAUCGGCCUCGCACUGCAUUCUCACCAUAUCAAACAAACCCAGCCAGCAGGGGGCGUCUGGGAACCGGGAUGCCGUCAACCGCCGCGCCAGGGCCAGCAGGUGAUCACGCUGCGCUUUGCCAUCUGA